AAACAAUUUCCUGCUAUGGCCCUGAAGAUUCCUGCCAAGAGAAUAUUUGGUGAUAACUUUGACCCAGAUUUUAUUAAACAAAGAAGAGCAGGACUGAAUGAAUUCAUUCAGAACUUAGUUAGAUAUCCAGAACUUUACAACCAUCCAGAUGUCAGAGCAUUCCUUCAAAUGGACAGCCCAAAACAUCAGUCAGAUCCAUCCGAAGAUGAGGAUGAAAGAAGCACUCAGAAGCUACACUCUACCUCACAGAACAUCAACCUGGGACCAUCUGGAAAUCCUCAUGCUAAACCAACAGACUUUGAUUUCUUAAAAGUUAUUGGAAAAGGCAGCUUUGGCAAGGUUCUUCUUGCAAAACGGAAACUGGAUGGAAAAUUUUAUGCUGUCAAAGUGUUACAGAAAAAAAUAGUUCUCAACAGAAAAGAGCAAAAACAUAUCAUGGCUGAACGUAAUGUGCUUUUGAAAAAUGUGAAACAUCCAUUUUUGGUUGGAUUACAUUAUUCUUUCCAAACAACUGAAAAGCUUUAUUUUGUUCUGGAUUUUGUUAAUGGAGGGGAGCUAUUUUUCCACUUACAGAGAGAACGGUCCUUUCCCGAACACAGAGCUAGGUUUUAUGCUGCUGAAAUUGCCAGUGCAUUGGGUUACUUGCACUCCAUCAAAAUAGUGUACAGGGACUUGAAACCAGAAAAUAUUCUUCUGGAUUCAGUAGGACAUGUUGUCUUAACAGAUUUUGGGCUUUGUAAAGAAGGAAUUGCUAUUUCUGACACGACAACAACAUUUUGUGGGACACCAGAGUACCUUGCUCCUGAAGUAAUCAGAAAACAGCCCUAUGACAACACUGUAGAUUGGUGGUGCCUUGGUGCUGUUCUCUAUGAAAUGCUGUAUGGAUUGCCUCCUUUUUAUUGCCGAGAUGUAGCUGAAAUGUAUGACAAUAUUCUUCACAAGCCCCUAAGUUUGAGGCCAGGAGUGAGCCUCACAGCCUGGUCCAUUCUGGAAGAACUCCUAGAGAAAGACAGGCAAAAUCGACUCGGUGCCAAAGAAGACUUUCUUGAAAUUCAGAAUCAUCCUUUUUUUGAAUCACUCAGCUGGACUGAUCUUGUACAAAAGAAGAUUCCACCACCAUUUAAUCCUAAUGUGGCGGGACCAGAUGAUAUCAGGAACUUUGAUGCAGCAUUUACAGAAGAAACAGUUCCGUAUUCUGUGUGUGUGUCUUCUGACUAUUCUAUAGUGAAUGCCAGUGUACUGGAGGCAGAUGAUGCAUUUGUCGGUUUCUCUUAUGCACCUCCUUCAGAAGAUUUAUUUUUGUGAACAGUUUGCCAUCCAGAAACCAUUGAGGCGAAUACAAGCCUACAGAUGAGACUGAAACUCCUGUUUGUGUGAACAUAUUCAAAUCUGUUUAACUAGUGCCUCAUUUUUACAUGUAAUGUUAAAUAUGAAAAAUGUAUUUUCUGCUGUAUGCAAGAAAAUAGGGCAUUUCAAAGAGCUAAGUUUUGGAUUAAAAUUUGUAUUAUUGUUUACUAGCUUAUUUUUAAACAAAUUUUAAAAGCUAUUGUUCUCAGCAUUAACCUAUUUUUAAAGAAAACUUUUUGCUAAUGACUGUUUUUCCCCCUCAGUUUACACUAACAUCUACCCAAGACAGACUAUUUUGCAACAGCCUAUUUCAGUUCAGUUAACAUAAAUUAAUGCCUUUGUAACUCUCUACUUUGACCUUUGUUCUCAGAUCAGAACUAUGCAAUUGGUAUGUGGUUAAGAAGAAAUCACAUCUUUCCAUGAGAAGUCGUUGGUUGACAUAAUCAGUUCUUCGUAGGAUUAAAAUGUAAAAGCAUAGUUAACACAUGGGCUGUGAGUUAACACUUGGAGUAAGUGUUCAUUCUGCAGAUCAAAUUAAGAAAUAACAAGGAGAUCCUUUACUUUUGAAAUACCAAUUCAAAUUUGCCAAUUUUUUUUUUUCUGUAAGAAAAGUAAAAGCUUAAUAGUUAGAAGGUUUAAAUAUUCCCAAAGAUCUGAAGGGUAAUA